CCUCUUCCUAUUCUCCCUUACACACAGUUGGUAUGUAGAAGCUGCGAAGACUUAGGCCCGAGACUCACUUCGAUUAAAAUGCAAUCUACUUCUUCUACAAUUACACUACCAUCCAUACUUUAAUAUUCCCACACGCUCUCUCUCACUCACUCUCCACUCUUGACCCAAAAAAAGAAAAAAAGAAACAUUUAGAGAAAUAAGGAAAAAAGAGCUCAAUUUUCUCGAUCUUCCUUUCUGUCAAAGGUCUUCAGAUAUUCUUUAUGACAGAAAUUAAAUACUGCUGAUAUUUGCUAUCAAGGACCAGUAUGGGUGAAAGUGCAAAAAGGCGAAAGUCUUUGUGGGAUGCUGAAGAGACUCCAAAUAGUCCGGAUUAUGAGGAAUGGGGAGCUUCAAAAGCUGAUAAUUCGUGGCAGUCCAAAAAUAACUCUAGUUGGUCGUGCGGGGACAAUGUUACAGGAACAGAAGAGCUGAGGAAGGAAAACUACCAUUAUAAAAGCAUGUCUCCAGCUUUUGAUAGGUGGGGAAGGCGAAGCAGUAGUCACUCUCCAAAUAAUGGUCGGACCCAGUCUCGCAGAUACCCUGAAAGAGCCAGGAGCAGGAGCCGGAGCCGGAGCCGGGCAAGGGGAGAAGGUAGGAGCAGGAGUCGCAGCAGGGGAAGGGAUAGGUUUAGGGGUUGGACCAGGAGUAGAAGCAGGAGCAAGAGCCGGGACCGGGACCGGGACCAGGACAGGGACAGGGACAGGGACAGGGGUAGUAUGAGAGUUCAGAAUAGGAGUCGUAGUCCUCUCCAUAAUUCUAAACGUGAUCCAUAUGCAUCAGGCGAUAGAAGGAGCGGCCCUCGUAUGUCAUCCCAGGUAUGCAGAAAUUUUACAGCAGGGAAUUGUAGGAGAGGCAGUGACUGCAGGUUCUUUCAUCCAGAUGCUAUCAAUCAUAGGGAUGGAGGUCAUUCAGAGGGCAACUUGGUUGAAAGAUUGGGUAGUCGGCCAGAGCGUGGACAUGUCUCAAGGUAUGCUGAUAGUGAAGGUCCUGGGUACCAAUCAAGGGAUAGGCUUCCUGACAUGCAUCAUCUGGAGGAUGAGAUGCACAGAAACCGGAAUAGAGGUACAAUUAUUUGCAGGGAUUUUGUGAAAGGCAACUGUCGCUGGGGUGCAUCAUGCAGAUUUUCUCAUGACGGUGCCUCAGGUGAUAGCUAUGACAAAGGCACUCGGAGUGCAUCCAUUGAUCAUGGUCAGGACAAUCAAGCAAGCAGAACUGGAAAAUCACUUUGCAAGUACUUUGCAGCAGGAAAGUGUUAUAAGGAUAACUGCAAAUUCUCUCAUGAUGCCACAUCAAGAAAUCAUGAAAUUAGGCCCUCAGAUGACAUUGGUGGCCACAGACUUGAUGACAAGAAUAACUGGUUGAAGGGUCCAAAGUGGGAUGAUGAAGGAAGGCCCUCGGACCUUGUAAAGGCUAGUGGGUGGGAUGAAGGCAGGCCCUCGGACCAUGUAAAGGCUAGUGGGUGGGAUGAAGGAAGGCCCUCGGACCAUGUAAAGUCUAGUGG